CACCCACUGGCUGGUGCCUCUGCUCCGGGCAGCUCCUCCCAGCUCUGCUCCGCUCGGCCACUGGCUCCCAGAGGAGAGCAGGUCUGAACCUCCUUGCACAUCUGCAGACUCAUCAAACACCUGUCCUUGACACUUCACAGGAGACCAGCAGACAGGAUGACCCAAAACACGCUGACUGUGAAUGGAGUCGAUGUGGCCUCUACGCUGUCUCAGCCCACCCACAUUGACAUCCACAUCCACCAGGAAUCCGCUUUGGCACAGCUACUAAAGGCUGGGAGUUCCCUUUUGGAGCGCCUGUCUCACCGUCCUGCCAAGGCCAGGAUAAGCUAUGGACAGCUGCCACUCGGGGUGACCCAGGUAUUGCUGGGGGCUACGAGCUGUGCUCUUGGAGGGCUUCUCUACUUGGGGCCCUGGAUUCAGCUGCGUGCCUCAGGCUGUGCCUUCUGGGCAGGGUUUGUGGCCAUUGCAGCAGGAGUUGGGGCCAUUGUCCAUGAGAAGCACCGGGGCAAAGUUUCAGGCUGCGUAUCAGGUCUGCUCACCCUGGCUGGCAUCGCCACGGCUGUGGCCGCUGUUGUCUUCUGUGUGAAUAGCUUAACCUGGCAACCUGAUGGCUUCUACGACAUCAGCUCCGUGUGUGAUCCCUUAGUCCCUGCCACCCCCACCCCUUGGUAUCGACGGAGGAGAGGAAGCAGUUCCUAUUCAUCAUGGAGGGAGGAGAACUGCAGAAACCACAUGCAAAUGCUAAUGGAUUUGUUCCUAGGAAUCCGUGCUCUGCUCCUGGCUGUCUGUGUCCUGCAGGUCAUUGUAUCCUUGGCUUCCCUGGGCGUGGGCCUUCGAAACUUCUGUGGCCAGAGCUCCCGGGCCCUGGAUGAGGAAGGAUCAGAGAGGAAGCUGUUGGGGGAGAAUUCAGCGCCUCCCUCCCCCUCCAAGGAGAAGAGCCAGGCUGUUGUUGUCCUGUGAGAAGCCAGAGACCUUGCCUGGAGCCUGCAUGUCCCCCUGGAGUGGCCCAGGGCCCCUCACUGCCCUGUGUGUCACACGUGCUUCCUUUGGCCGCUCCCCCUCUCCUCACCACCCUCACCCACUCUUCCCACUCCAGGGUCCUCAGUUCAGUGAACAAGUAUUGUCACGUUUUCCCCAAUGCUGAAUAAACAGAAACAACCAUAAAAAAAUGAAAUAAUUUUGU